CGUCAUCCUACUCAAGCAUCAUCUACAUAAACCCCAAUCCUUUCGGUUCCCAAACCACAUCCCUGAACCAUUGCAUCCAUUGUACAACCAUGUCUGAUUUGAGCCCAGAACAAGCCCGCCUCGAUCCCUACUCCAGCCUCGCAGAGAGUACGAAUGUCACUCUUCAGGAGAAGAUCACCGGUUUGCACACCGUCAUCCAGAAAGCAAAGGUCGGAAUGCUCGUCACGCGCGACGUAAACGGGAACUUGCAUUCCCGAGCAAUGACUCCUACUAAGCCACUUAGCGACACGCAGCUGACCCUUGUGUUCCUCGCGAACAACGCGUCUCACAAGUUCGGUGACAUCGAGAAUGAUGCGCACGUCAACGUCAGCUUCUGUGACGCAUCCUCCACAGACUGGGCAUCCUACUCCGGCAGAGCCAGAGUGACUGAGGACCAAGAAUUGAUCAAUAAGCUCUGGUCCCCAAUCCUUACCGGCUACUUCGGCGACCUAAAGGAUGGUGUCCACAAGGGCGACAAGACUGAUCCACGCGUCGCCGUGAUCGAGGUCGUUCCGGAUGAGAUCAAGUACUGGAUUACGAAUCACUCCUCUGCGGUGCGUACCACGGAAGUGGCUUAUGCCGCUGCUACGGGCAAGGCUACGGCUCCUGGACAGUCGCGCAUCAUCAGCAAGGAAGAGGUUCAACUUUCGCAAGGACUCUAAUCCAAAUGGUUAUUUUUCGGU